UCAACCUGAUCUCCUCCUCCAGGAGAAAAGCAGGGCAGGACCCACUCAGCCCGCCCACUGCGGGAGGCACUACAAAUGCCUCUGUUCCACCGGCUGCUCCAGAGCUCUGCGCUCCAAGGGCAUUCCCACCUGGAGCCAUGGCAGCCCAGUGCCUUCUGCUCCUUGCUUGCCUGCUGCUCUUGGCUGCUCCAGGCACCUCUAUGCACACAGAAACCCUAAACAUCUUCAAGAAAUCUCCCUCCAAUGCUUCGGCAAGUGCUCUGAAGAAAACCAGUUGGCCCAGGGACUGCAGUGAGGUCCCUGCUGGCAGCCCCAGCGGUGUCUACAUCAUCCAGCCCACAGGACUGCACCCCAUCAUGGUGUACUGUGAGAUGGGUGAGGCAGAUGGGGGCUGGACCGUGAUCCAGAGGAACCGGCAGGACACGGAUAUCACCUGGAACGAGUCCUGGAGCACCUACAAGCACGGCUUUGGGAAUGUGCACACCGAGUACUGGCUGGGCACUGAGAACAUCCACCAGAUCACCAGGCAGAAGAUCUACCAGGUCAGGUUUGUCAUCUGGGAUGCUUCAAACAACAAGAGGUUUGCAGACUACAAUCUGUUCAGCGUGGACGAUGAGUCCCAGGGCUACAGGCUGAGGCUGGGGGCGCACUCGGGGACAGCAGAGGAUGCCAUGGAUUCAGAUAAUCCCAGGAAAGUGCACAACAACAUGAAGUUCUCCACAAAGGAUCGGGACCAGGACACUUACAGAGGGAACUGUGCCUCCCGCUAUGGGGGUGGGUGGUGGUACUCGGCGUGUUACUCCGUGCGGCUGAACGUCAAGGGGGGCAUCACGUGGGGCAGGCUGUGCAAGGGGAACUGCAAAGCCUCUGCCAUCCUCAUCAAACCAGCUCCCUACCACUAGAACUCCUUCCCUCCUCUGUCCCCCCUGGGCACAUGGCCAGGCCAGUGCCCUGCGGGGCCCGUUUGAUGACGAGGGCUGGGGGUGAGUAGGGUUGUUCCUCUAUAUCAAGAGCUGCUUUGUUUUCCUCUUAUCCUGAAAAGUAGCAAAGUUCCCUGCUCUGUCUCUGGCCAUUCACCUACGGUGGGUUGUGGGGGAUCAUUAUUAGCACACAUGUUUAUAAACACUGCAGUGUCCAAGCAUUUUCCUUCUGGGGACAAAACUGUGCUCAGAAACUUAGAACCCUCCUGGUCCAGCAAGGUCUUACUCUCUUUCUGCUUUGUGGGUAUAGAUGUUUUCAGUAGAAAAAUAUCCAUCACUAGCUAACCUGACCUACACUGCACUGAGGCCAGGGCAGACCAUAUCUGCACCACAACCCUGCUGCAGUCUGUAUUCACCCUGCCAAAUAAAAUCAC